AAGAAGGGGUAAAUUUCUUUACUUCUUUGUUCUCCUCAAGACUCUCUUGGGAACGAAGUAGAAACUUAUAGAGAUCUUUCAGAAAUUCUCAGUGUGUUUGUUUUUGAACUCAAGUUAGGUCUGAACUCUUCAAUUAGGUCUAUUGUGUGAGAGACAAUGGAAGACGAAGAUAUAGAGAAAGCGGUAAUGGCAUAUUUGAAAAAAAAGGGUUUUAAACAGACGGCACUAGCAUUGCAAGAAGAACAAAGCAAGAGUUCUUCUUCCAAUGUUUCACAUACUGAUCCUGAUGUUUCCAAACAACUUCUCUCCUUCUCUGAGUCGGAGAACGAUCCUGCACGGUACCAGGACGGCUACAGCAAGUUAAGGUCAUGGACAUACGGUUCAUUAGAUCUUUACAAGCAUGAAUUGCUGCGAGUGCUUUAUCCAGUAUUUAUCCAUUGUUUUAUGGAUCUUGUGGCAAAACGGCAUACACAGGAAGCUAGAACUUUUUUUAGCAGCUACCGCGAAGACCAUGAGAUGAUGCACUUGAGGGAUCUUCAAAAGCUGGAAGGCAUUCUUUCUCCCUCACAUCUGGAGGAAAUGGAAUUUGCUCAUUCUCUUAGGCGGAGCAAAGUGAAGAUUAAGUUAUGUCAGUACUCGCAUGAGCUGCUGGUGCAAUAUCUGCAGAAACCCCAGUCCUCAAAAAUGUUUGGAAUAGUCAAUGAGCAUAUAACUUUCGAAGUUUCUCCCGGACAGCCAAGCUCGAUAUCUGAUGAAACGGAGGUAGUAACUCUAAUUGGAAUCAGCCAGGAUACAGCCAAACAGAUAAAUGAGAAAGAAAUACAUUGGGGGUUGCUUGAAGAUUCUUUGGAAGAGCGUCUGGAAAAAGCAGGGGGGAUGAUGCCAGAAUCUGAAAAAGGUGAGGGAGAAACCAAAGAAGGUGACUUGGAAGAAUGCAAGAAGAAAUCAACAGAUGGUGGAAAGCAAGGUCCUUCGGCUAAGAAACUGAAAAAGGACAAGGUUGUUAGCGCAACGGGAAAAAGCGCCCGCGCUGAGACAAAUGCUGUAUCCGUAGCACCGCGAGUCAAGGCAGAGCUGACUUUGCCAGUAAUGCCCAUAGAAGUAGAACAUUCCAUUCUAGAGGACCUGAGAAACCGUGUUCAGUUGGGUAGCAUGGCACUACCAUCAGUUUGCUUUUAUACAUUUAUAAACACACAUAAUGGUAGGCUGAACUGUUCAUCAAUAUCUCAUGAUGGAUCAUUAGUUGCUGGGGGAUUCUCAGACUCCUCACUGAAGGUGUGGGAUAUGGCAAAAAUUGGGCAAGAAGGUGGAGCUGCUACUAUGCAGGGGGGAAAUGGGACAACUCCUACCGAACAGUUGGUGGGAACAGAUGAUGGGAAAAGAUCUUAUACAUUGUUUCAAGGUCAUGCUGGACCCGUAUAUUCUGCCACAUUUAGUCCACUUGGUGAUUUUAUUUUAUCAUCAUCUUCAGACUCUACCAUUCGAUUAUGGAGCACGAAGCUGAACGCGAAUCUUGUUUGCUAUAAAGGUCAUAAUUACCCUGUCUGGGAUGUCCAGUUUAGUCCUGUGGGCCAUUAUUUUGCAAGCUCUUCGCAUGAUCGGACGGCUAGGAUUUGGUCUAUGGACAGAAUACAGCCUCUAAGAAUAAUGGCAGGACAUUUAUCUGAUGUUGAUUGUGUGCAGUGGCAUGCAAAUUGUAACUACAUAGCAACUGGUUCUAGUGACAAGACUGUUAGACUGUGGGAUGUGCAAAGUGGGGAAUGUGUUCGCAUAUUUAUAGGCCAUAGGAGUAUGAUAUUAUCUUUGGCAAUGUCGCCUGAUGGGAGAUAUAUGGCAUCAGGUGACGAAGACGGUACCAUCAUGAUGUGGGAUCUUUCAAGCGGUCGGUGUGUUACCCCUCUGACUGGUCAUACCUCAUGUGUGUGGGCACUUGACUUCAGUGGUGAAGGUUCACUUCUGGCUUCCGGGUCUGCCGAUUCUACCGUAAAGUUAUGGGAUGUAACAGCAAGCACAAAGAUACCAAGGGCAGAGGAGAACAAAGCAGGAAGUACAAACAGAUUAAGAUCGUUAAAAACCCUACCAACCAAAUCUACUUCAGUUUAUUCAUUACGGUUCUCUCGGAGAAAUCUUUUAUUCGCGUCUGGGGUUCUCUCAAAAGGCGCAUGAUAGUACUUUCUGCGGUUAUCACGGGUCAGAGCAUGAAACUUUAAUCACGUAUCAUGGAGAAUUUUGUUAGUCAACUAGUAUUAACUAGCUACUUUUUGAGUGAUUUGUUCGUCUGAGUCGUAUUGAUUUGUCUUGCAGUCCUUCAAUAUUCGUUCUUUGUGUGUUUAACUGCACAUGAGCUUUAGAUAUUGAAAGCUGCCCUUCUUUUUUUUUUUCUUCCUCCUCGUGUUA